ACGUUGCCCAAAGAAGAGACAGGAUUGACGAACACAUGAAAACAUUAGCUAUUGUAUGGAGCGCUUUCAUUCCUGUUGACUACUGAUCUACUUCAGGCAUUAAACACAGUCAAGUCCUACACGCUCGCAUGGGAAGAUGUCAGCCACAGGCCAGGACCGAAGCAGCCGGUGGCAGGACAUUCAGAAAGGACUGCAGUUCAUUCAAUCAACCCUGCCUUUUCCUGGCUCGCAGGAGCAGUAUGAGGUGUUCAUUCAGAAUUUAGUGAGAAAUCUGUUUGGUGAGGGAAACGACGUGUUCCAUGAAGGCGAAUGGGCACGAGCUGUUAAUUUAUACACAGAGGCCUUAAACAUAUCCGAGUAUGCAGACUCAGAGGACAUCCUCAUCGCUCAAGAUCUGAAUGAGAAGCUUCAUGCGAACCGUGCCGCUUCCUACUUGAACAUUGAGCUGCACGAUCAAGCUCUAGAGGACUGUGAAAAAGCUCUUCAGCUCAAUGAGAGCAACUACAGAGCACUUUACCGCAAGGCUCGUUGCCUAAAAGAAAUAGGGAGACUUCAGGAGGCUUACGAGGCAGUUGCUAAAUGCUCAAUGGCAGUGCCUCAGGAUACUCGUGUGAUUGAAUUGACCCAGGAGCUUGCCAAAAUGUUGGGAUUAAAAAUCCGUAAGGCUUAUGUGAGAAGCAAGCCUGCCUUAAAUGUUUUGCCUGGGUCAGGUAUAUCAGGAGCUGUUAAUGAUAAGCAUUCACAAAGCUCUUCCUCUGUGGAUGAUAUUGAAUGUGAAGUGGGCCAGUAUAUUCAUGGUAUGAGCGGCCCACUACCCGUCAGCAUGCCAGUGUCUUCAGCUGUAAGUGAGAAGGAAGAAGUAGAGUCCAAGCCUCUGGUUGGUCUCAUUUCACCACCAGUCAUCCCAAUAGAGACACAUAAACCAGAGCCUGUUCCCAUGCCUUUACAUAUGCCAUUGGUCAAUGGAACCAGGCCCAAUGACUCUUAUGCAGUACAAAAUACUCACUUGGACUUUGAUACCGAUAUUAUUGGGGAUGAUCUGGAUGAACUAUUGGACCGAGCAAGUCCUCCUGAGGCUAAUUUGGAUAUUCCCACAGUUGACGGACCUAUUCCUUUACCUACCAGUAUUUCUGUCAGUAGUUCAAUACAGAGUCCUUUGCUCAUGCCUUCUCAUCUGAGCCAUCCAUUUUUGGGCAUGGAUUCGCACUGCACAGUAAAUUUACCUGCACCGUAUCACAAACCAAUUUCAUCGUAUUCUCUUGGUCUGGACACAUUUUCUUCACCACUGGAUUCGUUGGAUAGUUUGUCACUCUCAGAGACUCAGACAGAUAAAGCUUUUAGCCAGCAUCAUUUUCUAUCGAUGAGCAAUAGCGACAUGUCAGUGCCAACCAUUCCACCCAUCGGCAUGGGUUACUGCACAUCUGAUGGGACGUACGCCCAGGAAUAUCCACCGCAGCUAGACCUCGCUAAGAACCCACUUGCUGAUACCCAUGAUUUUAAACAAGCCUGUUCUUCAUGCUACAUUAAAACCGGCCCGGGUGUGCUGGAUUACGCUUACCUUCCAGAGGACCACAAAUGCAAAAAAGAUUUGCUUUUGGGAAGAACCAAACAUGUGGAACUUCAGACGUGGAAACUUAUUCGGCCUAGACCUAAAAACCAGUACAUGGGGCCUUAUUAUAUUUGCAAAGAUGUGGCGAUAGGACAGGAAUGCCGGUAUCUUGGCCACUGUACCUUUGCUUAUUGCCAAGAGGAAAUUGAUGUGUGGAUGCUUGAGCGCAAAGGCUUCAUCUGCCGGGACAGUCUGUGCGAUCCUUAUGGAUCUAGACCUAAGAUUAAUUUGACUGUGGCCAAAAUCCUACAGGAGCAUCAUGGGAUAUUUCUGUUCCUCUGUGAGGUGUGCUUUGAUCACAAGCCUAGAAUAAUCAGCAAAACCAAUAAGGACAACCCCAGCCUAUGCUCUCACCCAGUGACAAAGCAUGCGUUUGAGGAAAAGAAGUGCCUUGUACACUAUAUAAGGGAUAAAACGGUCAGGUAUUCCAAAAUUCGUCCAUACAACCCUUUUUGCCAGAUGGAUCUGUGUCGGCAUGAGGUGCGAUACGGUUGUCAGCGAGAGGAUUCCUGCUUUUAUGCCCACAGCCUCAUUGAGCUCAAAGUGUGGAUGAUGAAGAGUGAACAAGGCAUUUCACAUGAAGGUAUUGUUCUGGAGUCGCAGAGAUAUUGGAAUAUGAAUGCUGCUGUUUAUUCACAGGAGUUUGCACCUACCAUGCGCAGGUUUGGCCCAGUCAAUCUGAAGAUGCAGUUUGUAUGUGCUCAGUGUUGGAGGAACGGUCAAGUCAGCGAGCCGGACAAAAACAAGAAGUACUGCAGUGCCAAGGCCAGACAUCCCUGGUCUAAAGACAGACGAGUGGUUCUGGUUAGCUCUGUUGAAAGGAAAAAGUGGACAACAGUUCGAGCUCUCCCAUCCAAAAAACCUGUUCCUGCUCAAUUUGACAUUUGCAUGCAUGUUUCGGCUGGAAAAAAGUGUCAGUACAUUGGAAACUGCACAUUUGCACACAGCACAGAGGAAAGAGAUCUAUGGACCUUCAUGAAAGACAACAAUAUUGCAGACAUGGAGCAGCUGUAUGAAAUGUGGCUGCAGUCUCAGAAGCCGGGCUGGGGUGAAGAGAGCAGCAACAUCGCCACCCGAGAAAAUGGCAAACAGAUUCACAUGCCCACAGACUACGCCGAGGAAGUGGCUGGUAAUCAUUGUUGGCUGUGUGGGAAGAACUGCAACAGUGAAAAGCAGUGGCAGCAGCAUAUCACCUCUGAGAAGCACAAAGAGCGGGUUUUCAACUCUGAGGAUGAUCAGAACUGCUGGCAGUAUCGUUUUCCAACCGGCACCUUUAGAGUCUGUGAGAGGUUCCUGAAGGGCACGUGCACCGAGGAGGAGCUCUGUAAACUAGCUCACGGAGACGAGGAGCUAAAAGAGUGGAUGGACCGAAGAGAAUUCCUUUUGAUGAAACUUGCCAAAGCCAGAAAAGAUCACUUGAUAGCACCCAAUGAUAAUGACUUUGGCAAAUAUAGUUUUCUGCUUAAAGAUAUUAAGUAAUGUUUUAACUAAACCCAGUCUGUUAAUGCGAGGUGUUCUGGAUCUAUGAUAUCUUGAGUUCAGUAUUGAAUCAGACGAGCGCCAUUGUGUGGCUCUCUCUGAUAAAAGAGGGAGGAAAAUAAAAUAAAAUUUCUCCUUCUGGGUUUUGAUGGGAAGCGCAGAGCUGGCCUUGUGUUCUGAAGUAAAUCACGGCUUUGUUGCUUUUAUCACCGGUUACAUAUAAACGCACCAUCGCCUUUUAUGUUUCUCUUAUUAAAAUAAAUGACACUCGGCAGGAACUGGAUUUUGUAAACCAAACCAAAAGCAGAAGUGCAGUAUAUAUCUGGAAUAUAGCGAGAGGAAAAGCCCUGUUUGGAUGUUUAUGUGACAAAUUCCCGCCCUUUUUUAGUUCGUUUGUUUUGGAAUGCUGGGUCCUGUGUCUGUUAUUCUACAUUCGCGCCAAAACUGGCUGCUGUGUUAAUGCCUGUUGGUAUUAUUUUAUGGACCGACAAAAAACACGAAGUCUUCACCCUUUCAGCGUUCGUAGUUCCCUUAAGUAAAACAUGGAAGUGAUGCCGUUUACCGGUGUAUUGAAGCAAACAGGAAAGAGGUAGGUGAAUUUAUUUUGUGACGACCUGUUUUAUCCACUAGGGGGAGAUAAGGACUCGACUGAGAGUCUUAUCUGAAAUAAAUGCUGUUUGGGAGGAAUCUGCUCUGCAUUCCCUGUUAAAAGAAUUUCAUUUACUUGGAUUAACUGCUUGUUUUUGAUCUAAUGAGAAUGCUAUAUGCUAGUUUUUUUUUUUUUAAUCGUCACUUUUUAUUGAGCAUGAAUGCUUUACAUUGUUCUUUUUGAUCAUUAUGUUGGUCAAAAAUGACAGUAAAGACGUUUGUAAUGUUAGUUUUUUUUAAUAAAUGCUUUUCUUUUAAACUA